AUGGACAAAAACGGCGAGAAGGAAACCAAUAUUCAAGUGGUAGUUCGUUGCCGGGAACGCAACGAACGGGAAGAAAAAGAAAAUUCACCAAUAGUCGUAUUCACUGGCCUAGAUGCGAGGGGCCGUGAAGUCCAAUUACGGACAAGUCCGCUCGAUAAAAUACCCAACAAGAGUUUCUUCUUCGACAGG